GUCAAUUGCAGUGUUUGUUUUGGAGGUGGUGCAGAUGGUUUCACCGAAGUGGAUGCAAGGUUAAACAGUUGUGACACUUCGUCACAUUGAGAAUCCGCGACGGUGCCUUUGUGGUUUUAAGAGAAAGUUUGAGGACAUAAAAGUUUCCGCGGUACUUCCGUGAGCUAAACAUUGAACGGUUGGCUGAAUAAGUCUAAUAAGAAUUGGGCUUUAUACAGAUUCCUAUACUCUGUUAAUUCGCAAAAGAUUUUCUGCCGCUCGCUGCCUCUACGUAUCCUUGACAUGCACGACAGCGGCAGGUCAAGAGCGGAGACCGAAAAUUUGUUUUUACCAGUAAUUCAUGAAAAACGCGAGUUUCAACAAACGGCGAAGAAUAAUGAACUUAUCCAUUCAUACAGCACAGUGCCAGAGAAGUUACUGAGUAUACACCAGGAAUUAGCUAAUAGGCUAUCAGAAUUACCAUUCUCGGCACCAAUCGAAUACAUUUAUAAUCCUGUGGACUACGCUUUUGAUGUCCAUGCUCAAUUUGUAAAUAAAUUCUGCCACUCAGAAAAGCAAAUUUUAUUUCUUGGUAUGAAUCCUGGACCAUGGGGUAUGUCGCAAACUGGGGUACCAUUUGGUGAAGUGACGAUAGUGAGAGACUGGUUAGGUAUUAGUGGGGAAGUUAGAUGCCCGUCUAAACAAUGCCCUAAAAGACCUGUGCUGGGUUUCAACUGUAAGAGAAGAGAAAUUAGUGGUUGGAAGUUCUGGAACUUCUUCAAAGGCAUAUGUUUGAAUCCGUUCAGGUUCUUCAGACAUGCUUUUGUUUACAAUUACUGUCCAUUGGCAUUUAUGACAGCAACAGGAAAGAAUGUAACGCCAGCAGAAAUGAAGGUUUGUUCUACCAUUUCUAUCUUCAACAAAAGUAGUGAUCGCAAGAUGAUAGAUUCCCUUUGUGAGAGAGCAUUCUGCAAAGUACUGGAUCUGUUACAUGUGGAUACAAUAAUUGCAGUUGGGAAGUAUGCUGAGAAGAGUGCUGCUUCUGUGACAAAAGCAAAUGGAUUGAACCACAUAAAGAUUGUUACUAUUCUACAUCCCAGCCCACGGAAUUUCAAUUCAAAAAACUGGGAAGAAGAAACUAAAGCACUAUUACAGAAAAAUGAUUUAAUGAAAUUUUUUUGUGAUACUUGAAAUAUAUUAUGCAGAACAACAUUGUUAAUGACAUUCCAGUUGAGAGCAAAUGUUCUAUAAUGCAAAUACUGAAUAUUCCAAGACUUUGCAUCAUUGCUCAAUUGAUAUAGGGUGUGGCAUGAAAGUGAGCCCCUUAUGUCAACAAUAAUGUUUCAGUAGUGUAGCUGACAGCAAUUGCUGUUUGUCACUCAUAGAUAAACCACUUGCAAAGGCAGUUCACAGACAUGGAGCUCAGUGUGGUACAAUUGUGAGUAUAUUUCACAGAGUUAACUAUACCACAACACUUGUAUUAGAAUAAUCAGUAUUUCAGUUUUUGUGAAGCAUAAUCUUGUACCAUUGUAACAUGUAGUAAGAAUGUUGGUGACACUGUUUGAAGAACAGGAAAUUACUUGGAGCAAAAACUAGCAAGUAAGACAUAAUGUCGUGCACAGGAAGCAAUAAAAGAUUCAGACCAUUCUAUUAAAUUACUAUCAUCAGCUAUGUUGAUCACCAGGCAUACUAUGCAUUGGAUCUUAUGGUUUAAUUUAAGGUUACUACCAUAGAGUGUGCAGCAGUAAAUUGGAUCGGACAGUGAAUUUACAUGCAGAAUUAAUGGCUAAAAUGAAAGGCAACAUAGCAUUUAUAUAUGUACAGUGAAUGAAUGAUGACAUUCACUUUUAGCAGUGGUCAUUUGCUGCAUGACUGUGUCUUUUCCAAUGGAAGGAAAAUUUCUGUGACCUGAAUGAAAGUUCAUUGUACAGCCAGUGGCAGUGUAGUUUGCAGCAGUUGCUUUUGGAGAUGAGUAAUGGUUAAGCAAUAAAUCAAAAUACACCCACAUAAAACACAUUCAUCACACUUGAACUCCAUCUUACAGGAUGGUGAUCCAUAAACGAUAUGCCAGUUUCACUUGAAGCCAUGCGUGAUACUGCACCAUACCAAGAUAUUGCAGUAGUUUGUGGCUUACAAUGCUUUGUGGCCUCCAAGUUUAACAGAUGUGGCAACAUGUGAUUUGUUCCUCUGCAGGUAUCUUUAACCAAAUGUGCACAUAAAUUGUCCCCACAUUGUUGUUGUGCUGGGGACCAUCAUUUGUAUUUUAAUUAUCAAAACACCUGGCAGUGUGCAGGUAUUUAUUUAUAACUAUGCAUCCAUAUGGUGUCUGGUUUGUGUUUAAUGUUUGACAUAUGUCAUGAACUACGUUCUAUACAAUGAUACAUAAUUUUCUGGGUACAUUUAGCAGCAUAUGUGGAUACUGCCUGCAAAAUGUGUUGUAAAUGGAGUUUGUGGAAACAAAGUAAUAAAUUUAAAUGUCAUGCAUCUCACUGUUUAUGAUGUCCUGUCUCCUGAACUAUGAGUCAUACAAUGAUAUCAUAUUGUACAUACAUCUUGCGGCAUAUGUGAAUACAGUCUGUGAAAUGAAAUGUUUUGCAAAUAGAGUUAGUAGAAAUGAAGUAACAGAAUUAAAUGUCAUGCAUGAUGUGGCAGUAUUUCACACAUCUCAUUGUUUAUGAUGUCAUAUCUCCUGAGCUGUGUGUUGUACAAUUAUAUAAUUUUGCAGUUACAUAAAGUAUAAUACAUUCAUACUUUCUGCAAAAUGUGUUGUGAAUACAGUUCGUAGUAAACAAGUAAUAAAUUAUGUCAUGUCUCAUGCGGUACUUUUACUGCAUGAAUUACAGAAAAG